GCAGCCAGGUAGGAAAAACAACAAAACAUCAGGGAGCAGCUGCCAAAGAGGCAGGCGGUGUCAUUGGGACAGAGACGGAGAAUCAGUGCUUGCUGAGAUCUUUACCAUAAUUAUAGGAAUCUGGUGUACUUGACCUGCUUGAGGUGGAAACAUAUACGAAAAUGUACGCUAGCGUUUAACAGUGAGGAAGAAAAGCACCAUAAUGCAACGGAAUGUUGGAAAGGCUCGGUUACUGAGCUACUAUUGCUUUUGAUGCCAUUAUCUAACAGAAUACAUGGCACCAGAAAGUGUAUCUCCAGCCACAACGUCAAAAUCCACUGCCAGAACAGCAUCCUCUUCUGACAGCGACUCUGGCUGUGCAAUUGAGGAUUUUUCUGACCUCGAGGUUCCUGCAAACCUAACGUUGGCUGAAUGUGGGGCACAGGAACUUAAGAUCAUAAGGACUCUUCUACAUUUGCUGCCCCCACAAGACUGCGAUGAGAGGUUUUGCACAGCUUUUGGUGAGCAUGAACGGAGGGAGCUGCAGAAAUUCAUUGCUCAGAGAAGACUGCACUCUAUGCGGCAUGGGGUAAUUGUACCUGUAACUCAAGAAACACCAGACACCUUUUGUGUCAGGUGCCACGGUCAGAUUGGAGUAGGGGAUACUGCUGUGCAGUCAGAACAGGUGCAAGACGAGGGCCUUCGUUGGCAUCUGGGGUGCUUUGCCUGUGAAACCUGCCACCUGCCUCUGUUGCAGUUUAUUUAUUUUCUACAAGAUGGUAGAAUCUACUGUGGGCGACAUCAUGCAGAGCUCAGCAGAUCUCGUUGUGCAGCCUGUGACCAGCUUAUUUUGUCUGAGAAAUGCAUUGUAGCUGAAGGCCAUUGCUGGCAUAUGGAACAUUUUUGUUGCUGGGAGUGUGAGAAUGUGCUUGGGGGACAUCGAUAUGUGAUGAAAGGUGGGCGACCUUUCUGCAAGGGCUGCUUCCUUCGUCUGUAUGCUGAAAACUGUGAGGCUUGUGGGGAGCCAGUGGAUCCUGAUGGAGAUAUUGUAGCCUUUAGGGGGCAGUACUGGCAUGCGUUACCCUCCUGUUUUUGCUGCAGCAACUGUAGGAUAUCUCUACAGAGAUCACAAUUUAUGGUGACCAAUGGCCAGAUAUUCUGCUCACCCUGUGCUACAGGAGUAUCCCAGAUUCUAAGCAAUCAGAGGUGUUUUACAAAGAGCCCAACAAGAUUAUCAAGUCAGCAAUACAACCUCCAGUGGGACAGUUCUCAUUAUCAGGGGCACCAGGGUUACAAAGCAGCUGUUGCUAUAAAUAUCUCAAUGAAAGACUCGUGCUCCAUUACGGACUGCCAUGAGGGGUGUUCAGUGCUAUGCAGAGACAUUACGAAUAAUAAACAUUUUCCCCGACUCCAUGGACCAAAUGAUGCAGUUGAAGACGAUUCCAUCUCUUACUCUUCAUCAUCAACUUCAUCAGACUCUGAGCCAGAGGGAUUUUUUCUAGGAACUCCUAUUCCAAAUUAUUCUCUUUCCAGGCAGAGCCCCUCUCCAAUGUGUCAGAAAAACAACUCGUUAAAAAGGAGACAGAUAUCAAAGAGCUGUAAGGUAUCCUAAAUGUCACUGAAACUUAGAAAGGACAAAAAAACAAAAAAAAAAAAACCCCUUUUUUUGUCAUUACAGUUAUAACCAAUGUCCCUUGUACAGAAUAUCUUUUUUGGUUUUGGAAAUGCAGGUAAUGUUUUUUCUUUUGAAUGUCAACCCUAUUCAAUCUUACACUUAAUAAACAAAAAUGCAAUGUCCCAAUAA